CACAUAACUGACGUCACGCGGCCUCAAACCCACAGAAUUGUCUGUAUGUGAGGUCAUACGGAGCACGCAAAUUCUUAGGGCUGUUGGCGUCAUCAGGCCUAUAAAUUGUAGUCCGACUCGCGAACUUCUCUAUUGUUUCUUUGAGUUUGCCAAGGAAUCCAGCAAAAUGGCGUCCAACAAACGAGACCUUAAAAUUAUCUCGAUCGCUCAGCUUGUAAUGGCAGGUAUCCUCUUCGUUCUCGGAAUGGUAGACCAUUUUGAAGUUCGCUACAUGUAUGCCAGUCUCAUAUUGAUGCCAAUUUGGAUUGCUCUUCUUGUAAGUAUAUUAUAUUUCUCAAAAGAGUGCAAAUACAAAGUACUGUCUAAAUUUACAUUUUCUAGCAGAGGGUUUAGGUCAGCAAAACAUGCAAAGAUAUUGGAUCUUGCUGUUCUAAAUAAGCAUCUGGUUGUUACGGUGUUCUAAUUUCGUUAUUUUGGGAGAGGAUUUACUUCGAAGCUUAAAGUAAAAUCCUGUUCCAAUCCCUCAUACUACAAAUGUCGGGCGAAUGUUUUACGUAGAAUCACAUUUGACUGGAUAAUUUGAAACCAUUAGGAUUCACAACCUUCCACCUGCAACUAUCUCGUCCGUAAUUCUUUCGAUAAGAAUACAACCGCACUCUCAAAUUGGGUCAAAAUAUGAUGACAUCGGAAACGUAGAAUACAAAGUUCGCCCUUCAAAAGCGAAUCGGUCGUCUGUGACCCGGGAACAUUCAACUUUUUCUGUUUUCAUAUGUUGAGCGAUCGAAGUAGUUCGAAGAUUGAGAAAUGUAUCACAAUACUUCGAUAAAACAGUCCGCAUCAUUCUAAAGUUAUAUUAGGACUUCUCUCAGUUUUGCUGUAAAGUUAACAAAAUAAACAUUGCGUAGGAUGUUUUACACUAGCGGAAGUCGAUCAGAAAUGCUAAUGAUUGCACUGCCAGACGAAGGGAACUCGAUGAUUUGACCUCGAAUUUCUCUUUUAAAAACAACCUUAGCUUUUGUUUUUAGAGAGAAGUUUUCGGAAAAAUCUGUCGAUGAGAGUAUUUUUGAAUUCAAUGUAAGGCUCCCAUACGUCAAUUAGGUUGCGUGACAUAAGUCACGCUAGCUAAAGGCUUCUGUAAAAUGUCUUCUGUAAAAUCAAACAUUUACCGUAAUUUCGGUCCAUUUACCCGCGCGGCAGAUUACCCGCCUCGGUCAAUUUUUGCAAUGGCGAGAAAAAGUUUUCGACAGAUCACCCACACUGGCAGAUAACCCGUACUUGUAAAAAUCUGUUCUAAAAAAAUGAUAUCUCGGGAUCCACUGAGUCGGGGAAAUCGCUUGAAACGGGAAAAUACUCUUUAUCUGAAGGCAGUGCUAGCCAAGAAAAUUCCACUGAUGCUUCGAAUAUUCUGUCGGGCAUUUAAUUAUGCUGCGCCGCGAAAUGAACAUGUCGGCACAUUUUCUGUGUGAAUUGCCCUCAAGUCAGCUUUUUGACAAUCAAAUUCUUUUAUUUUCAAGUUCACCUCCCGUGCAAGCGAGAAUUGUUUUUUGAACUUAACAAAGAAACAAGAUAAAACCUUUGUUAUCGAGUUUUGUAGAUACGUUUUCGAUUUGCAUCGGCUUUCAUCGAUAGCAUUUUAAAAGUCUCUUAUUAUAAUGAGCAAUCUGCGCGAAAUAAAUGGGUUAUCACACAGCUUUUUUGAACUGUAUCUAUAGUGGAUCUUAUCAUGUUUGUUUUUUUUUUUUCCUGCUUAAAAGUGAUGCUAUUGAAAUCAACUCCGAUAUUAAUCGUAUCGAUCCUAUGACUACUGAUCGAGCAGUUAAAUGUUUUUUUCAGGUCAUACCCAUCGGCAUCAUGGGAUUGGUUUUGACAGUGAACGGGUCCAGACCGUCCUCUGCUUUGGUGAGUAUUAAAAUAGCAUAAUACUAUUUAAAGUCGGUCCAUGUAGUAAGUGAGGUAUGUUUGACUGAUUUUUUUUUUUGUUAGCUUGUUUGUUUGUUUUAUUAUUCUUUGCUUCUUCUCGACAAUUUUCCCACCUAGCGUGCCCUUUAAAGAAUAUUAUGGUGUUUGACCGAGAACGUUGUACCUCUAAAAUCUUAACGUUUAAAACACGUGUGAUUUUACGCCAUGAAAACUUAGCUUCCCCUGCCAUUCAUUAUUGCAGAUAAUCGGCCUGAGGUCUGUGGGCAUUGCAUGUGCCGCUCUAUCAGUACUAACCAUUUAUACCUAUGCGAUGGCACUGAACAACAUAUUGUUCUUCAAAUACUUGGAAGCACAAACUGGUUAUUACCAGAAAUUUAGCUGGUUUGCUGAUAAAGACGCAGAAAUCGAGUUCCGGAAAGAGGAAAAAACCAUGAUAGUUGUUCAUGUCUUCAUUAUCAUAUGUUCCAUCCUCGAAAUUAUACUUGUCAUGGCAAGUGUCCAAACCGGCAAGGCCAUGGCUAAGGAGCCACAGGAUAUCCAGGUUUGUGAAAUUACUCCCUAUGCAGUUAAUAAAUUAGAUACAACAACGACAAAAGAACUUAUGAUCCGAAAGGACGACAUCCCAAACUUCAGUGAUACAUCCUGUUCUUUGUCAGCAUUUAUUUUAGAAGAAGAAUAUAAGGGAACAUUACCUACUCUUGAUGUAAAAGAUGUCAUCUUUAAAAAGAUCAUUCAAAUACUAGUGCAAUUUAUUUGUAUGCCAAAUGCGAAAUUUUUCAAUUCAGAAUUGUAUUACUUUGAGAGGAUUUUAGCGAUCAGUCAUUAUUUGCCACCUAAGGGGACUUUGGGGACCGGAGGGUUUCUGAUUUUUUAUAAUAAUAAUAAUGGUCAUCUCACUCCCCCACUAAGGCUCUGGAGUAUAUUUAUGAUCCCCAACCAUGCGACCGAAAAAAAUCAACCGAUAAGCCCUAGUUGGAAGUUACAAUAAACAAUAAACGUGUCUUACUCUAUUAGCGACGACUGACCCCCCCCCCCUCCGUUCCCUCUCAAAACCAAGUAAUCCCUCCGAAAAACCUCCCACCCCUACCCAUAACUAACCCCCCCUACGUGAUGAGUAACGACUGUUACCUUAUGUAAAAUAUUUUUCAUUAUAACUAAUCAGCAGGCAAGCGUUGCUUAUCGUCAAGUGGCAGUGGAUGAUGUCCCUCUGUUAUUCUCGAGUUCAGAUCAAGAGGCAGCUUAGAUGAUAUCCGUUCCAUACACUGCUGUACAGAGGGCGACCAGUUAUCCAUUGCUUUUUAACGCCAUGAUAGUAAAUUAAUUGUUAAAACCACAAAACCGAGAAUGUUAUUAGAAGUAGUAUUAGUAGUAUAAUAUAAGUAGUAUUUGAAUUUUUAUAUUUUAAUAUUAGUUAGUUUUUAAUCUAAACUUAUCUAAAAUUUAUACACCUUCAAAAGGCUUUAUUUUUUUUUUCCAUUUUUGCUAUUUUUUCAUUUUGCGUGGUGUACCUGUAAACUAGUUUUUUAGAUAAGCAUACCGACCACGUUAAAUACAUUGCUUCAUUGAUUGAUUGAUCAAAGUAAUUUAUGUCUUUUCGUGGCCGAAAUGUUUGCUAGAUAUCUUAAGAUCAAAAUGUACCCGGAAGCUUGAAGAAAGCGUAAAUAUAAUUAACGAGUAACCUCCACGAAUGUAGAAAUGUUGUCAUCAGCUUUCGACUUUAACGCCCCACCCUCCUUCCCAAUCCGCCUCCGUCGUUUCGGAUCUUUCUUUUUCUCUCUCUGUUACUACUCGUGUAGAAUCUUGGGAAUAUAAUAGCCUUUACACCCCCAUCAUCAGUAUACAUAUUCUUGAUACUGUUCUCUUUACAUUUCCUAUGGUACGAACAAAAGGAAUUUGUUUUACAAUGAAGAGCCUCUUUCGUUUGGGAUCAUUUCCGUUAUUCUCGUUGCUUAACUUUUUAGUCAGGGGCGAUGCAGCGAGGAGAAAAUAGACAGAGAGACAAGUUAAUAACUAGUUUGACCCUCAAAUUGAGGGCUCAAAAAGUUGUCACAUAGUGCGAGAAAAAAAAGCCUUACAAAUCAUACUCGAUUUAGUUUAAAACUUUCUUUUCCAAGCCCAAGGGAGUGUUUCUAAAUGACCAUUUGCUAAUUCAUUGUAGUUUGCUGUCGGUAAUUCUAAAACAUCUAAACAUUUAAAUGACUAAACAUGUUAUCGUUCUCAAAGUCAUCUUUGGCCCACACCGGCAAUCACUGCGACAAGUCCGGGAAUGUGUUACUGUGCAUGUUUCACUAAUUCAGUUUUAGCUUAUAAUUAAACGUGACGAAAAUAUAUUAAACUAGACAUGGCGUUCAGUCGGCUAGAAUUGAAAAUCAUUUCGAUAAUUCAGCUGGUAAUGUCACUUAUCCUUUUUGCAUUCGGCAUCGUGGACCAUUUUGAAGUAUGUUACACAUACCUCAGCCAUUUGUUGAUGCCAUGCUGGAUAGCGGCUCUUGUAUGUACACUUGCCCAAGACAUCCAACUACGGGUGUUUUAUUGCUUACGCUCAUGCUUUUGACAGUUAAAAUAUGAUAAAUUCGAAGUUCAUGGCGAAGAUGUAAAACUCCCUUUUGCUGGUGCUUCUCUUCGUUUCAAUAAUCCGACCACCGAGACUAAAUUUCACACAACCCUCACAGCUGCCUUUCAUCUAAAUAUAAGAUGAGUUCAUUAUCAGUGCAGGCACUCAAACGAUUCCGAGUGCAAUAAGGAACACAGUAGAUAAGCACGAGUAGCUAAACAUGCAGAGUUACCAUUUGUACCCUAAAUUAUCUCUCUCUGGUUUUAUGUUGCCUGAAAACUGCAUUUUUCUGACUCUUUUUCAGGCAUGUUACUUGAUUUCCAAAACCCAAAUUUUGCUUCUUGCUUGGAUAGGUAUUGCCAGCAAGCAUUAUGGGAUAUAUUCUAGCAAUCAGGGUCCAGACGUUCCCCGAUUCUGGUGAGAAUGAUUACGAACGUAUAUGUUAUUAGAUUAUUUAUGCG